GCCGGGUACCCCGUGUCCGCCGGCGCCGCUGUGCCCCGCGCCCGCCACUUCCGGGGCCGCAGUCCCGGGCAUGGAGCCGCGAGUUUGAGGUGCCGCCAGCCCCGGGACGCCCUGCCCAGCGCGGCCGCCUCCCUCGUGCCGGCCCCAAGUCCCGGUCUGUGAACCACAUCUGCAGCUGAAAUGGAGGCUCUCUGGACCCUUUAGAAGGCUCCCCCACCUCGAGGUCAGUCAAGUGGUUAAUGCGGAAGGUUAAGAAGCUGCGGCUGGACAACGUGAACACAGGACAUUGGAGAAGCUUCUCGCUGAAUUCCCAGGGGGCAGAGAGGAUGGCCACCGGGGCCCCGACGUCUGAGCGGGGCGACGCGGCGGAGACGGAGGACCCAGCGUCCCGCUUCCAGGUGCAGAAGCACUCGUGGGAGGGGCUCCGCAGCAUCAUCCACGGUAGCCGCAAGAACUCGGGCCUCGUGGUCAACAAGGCGCCGCACGACUUCCAGUUUGUGCAGAAGACUGACGAGUCAGGCCCCCACUCCCACCGCCUCUACUACCUGGGGAUGCCUUAUGGCAGCCGAGAGAACUCCCUCCUCUACUCCGAGAUCCCCAGGAAGGUCCGCAAGGAGGCGCUGCUGCUCCUGUCAUGGAAGCAGAUGCUGGAUCACUUCCAGGCCACGCCGCACCACGGGGUCUACUCCCGGGAGGAGGAACUGCUGCGGGAGCGGAAACGCCUGGGCGUCUUCGGCAUCACCUCCUACGACUUCCACAGCGAGAGCGGCCUCUUCCUUUUCCAGGCCAGCAACAGCCUCUUCCACUGCCGGGAUGGCGGCAAGAAUGGCUUCAUGGUGUCCCCCAUGAAGCCCCUGGAGAUCAAGACCCAGUGUUCGGGGCCACGGAUGGACCCUAAGAUCUGUCCUGCCGACCCUGCCUUCUUCUCCUUUAUCAACAACAGCGACUUGUGGGUGGCCAACAUUGAGACGGGCGAGGAGCGGAGGCUGACCUUCUGCCACAAGGGCUUGUCCAGUGUCCUCGAUGACCCCAAGUCUGCGGGUGUGGCCACCUUUGUCAUCCAGGAGGAAUUUGACCGCUUCACUGGCUACUGGUGGUGCCCCACAGCCUCCUGGGAGGGGUCAGAAGGCUGCAAGACACUGCGGAUCCUGUACGAGGAAGUGGAUGAGUCUGAGGUGGAGAUCAUCCACGUGCCCUCCCCUGCACUGGAGGAAAGGAAGACGGACUCCUACCGGUACCCCCGGACAGGCAGCAAGAACCCCAAGAUCGCCUUGAAACUGGCUGAGUUCCAGACCGACAGUCAGGGCAAGAUUGUGUCGACACAGGAGAAGGAGCUGGUGCAGCCAUUCAGCUUGCUCUUCCCGAAGGUCGAGUACCUCGCCAGGGCCGGCUGGACCCAGGACGGCAAGUACGCCUGGGCCAUGUUCCUAGACCGGCCCCAGCAGCACCUCCAGCUGGUCCUCCUGCCCCCAGCCCUGUUCAUCCCUACCACUGACAACGAGGAGCAGCGGGCGGCCUUCGCCAGGGCUGUGCCCAGGGAUGUCCAGCCAUACGUGGUAUAUGAGGAGGUCACCGACGUGUGGAUCAAUGUUCACGACAUCUUCUACCCCUUCCCCCAAGCAGAGGGAGAGGACGAGCUCUGCUUCAUCCGCGCCAACGAGUGCAAGACUGGCUUCUGCCACCUGUACAAAGUCACUGCUGUCCUGCAGCCCCGCGGCUACGACUGGACCCAGCCCUUCAGCCCUGGGGAAGAUGAAUUUAAAUGCCCCAUCAAGGAGGAGAUCGCACUGACCAGCGGCGAGUGGGAGGUUUUGGCGAGGCACGGCUCCAAGAUCUGGGUCAAUGAGGAGACGAAGCUGGUGUACUUCCAAGGCACGAAGGACACGCCCCUGGAGCAUCACCUUUAUGUGGUCAGCUACGAGGUGGCCGGCGAGAUCGUGCGCCUCACCACGCCCGGCUUCUCCCACAGCUGCUCCAUGAGCCAGAACUUCGACAUGUUCAUCAGCCACUAUAGCAGUGUGGGUACGCCACCCUGCGUGCAUGUCUACAAGCUGAGCGGCCCUGACGACGACCCUCUGCACAAGCAGCCCCGGUUCUGGGCCAGCAUGAUGGAGGCAGCCAGCUGCCCCCCGGAUUACGUGCCUCCAGAAAUCUUCCAUUUCCACACGCGGUCAGACGUGCGGCUCUACGGCAUGAUCUACAAGCCCCACGCCGUGCAGCCGGGGAAGAAGCACCCCACUGUUCUCUUUGUGUAUGGAGGCCCACAGGUGCAGCUGGUCAAUAACUCCUUCAAAGGAAUCAAGUACUUGCGGCUCAACACCCUGGCCUCCCUGGGCUAUGCUGUGGUCGUGAUUGACGGCAGGGGCUCCUGUCAGCGAGGGCUUCGAUUUGAAGGGGCUCUGAAAAACCAGAUGGGCCAGGUGGAAAUCGAGGACCAGGUGGAGGGCUUGCAGUUCGUGGCCGAGAAGUACGGCUUCAUUGAUCUGAGCCGGGUGGCCAUCCACGGCUGGUCCUACGGAGGCUUCCUCUCGCUGAUGGGGCUGAUCCACAAGCCCCAGGUGUUCAAGGUGGCCAUCGCAGGCGCCCCGGUCACAGUGUGGAUGGCCUAUGACACGGGCUACACAGAACGCUACAUGGAUGUCCCAGAGAACAACCAGCUUGGCUACGAGGCGGGUUCCGUGGCCCUGCACGUGGAGAAGCUGCCCAAUGAGCCCAACCGCCUGCUCAUCCUGCACGGCUUCCUGGAUGAGAACGUGCACUUUUUCCAUACAAAUUUCCUCGUCUCCCAGCUGAUCCGCGCAGGAAAGCCUUACCAGCUCCAGAUCUACCCCAACGAGAGACACAGCAUCCGCUGCCCCGAGUCCGGCGAGCACUAUGAAGUCACACUGCUGCACUUUCUUCAGGAACACCUCUGAGCCCGGGGCCGCCUCAGGAGGGGCCUGCACAGUCAGAGCACAAGUGGCUCCGCAGCCGCCACCGUGCAUGCUGGGGGCAGGAGGGACCGAGUGGCCUCGCGGGCCCCGCACCGCGCCUCCUCCCACCAGCCCACAGGACUGCCUGCCCCGGGAGCCACCACCUUUGCCCCCACACCUUUGAUUGUUUUUGUUCACGCUCCUGGGUUUUUGGCCUGCUGCUUCUGGGUUGCCAGGAUGGAGCACUGAGGCCAACGUCCACAAAGCACUUCCUCAAGCCAUCCCUCCACUCCCCAUUGUCUGGGAGCCUCAACUCCACUGGGCACUGGAGGCCUGAAGAGACUCAGAGAAGCCUGGCCUUUGCACCAUUCACCCCGGGGGCAGGGUCGGGUGGGGGUGGCCAGGCCUAGGCUCGGGCCCAGCCACAGGUGCAGAAGCAUGCGGUUGCCUGUCCUCCCCACCUGCGCCCACUUCUUGUGAUUUUUUUUUUUUUGGGCAGGGUGUGGGGCGCAUUUUAUUAUUUAAAAGACAGAAAGCUAGGGGUGCCUAAAUCUAGAAUCUGGGUCUGCCGCUGGCCGCGGGUUCACCCCAGCCAGCACUCGAAACAGGAGCCGUGCACCCAACAGACCCAAGUAGUGUGCAGGGGAGCGGGCAGCCCUCCGGCCCGGCUCUCCCCGGGCUUUUAGGCAGGCUCUGAAAUGUGACUGGCUGGGGCUCUGCUGGCCAGCAACUGCUGCCCCGUCUCCAGCCCGGCCAUCUGGUCCCACGUUUCUGCCUGGCCCGCACUAACCGGGCUUCCAGGGUUGGGAGUGGAACCCUCCCCGCCUCAGGGUUAUCCUUACUCUUCCUUUUCCUCCCGCCAAGAGUUCUGCCAGGGGCGGGUUAAAAAAAAAAAAGAAAACCCAACAAAAAAAAAAAAUCCCACCAGAGAGACGAACCACCUCUACAUAUUAUGGAAAGAAAA